CCCUUAGUGGUUGCUUCCUUUUCAUAUUACAGCUGUUGCUUAUUUUCUGUAAUAUGUGCUAGUUUCUGGAAUCUCAGCCCCGGUAAACAGUAACCCUAAAUUUUAUUUUUCUUACAGUUGGAAGGCGUGUAGAUAAGGCUACAUGCUUGAAGGGCAAAGCAGAAGUUUAAUUGAUGGCUCCAAUGGCUGAUCCUAGAAAUGGCAGCACAAAACCUCCAGCAUCUGGAUCUGCUGGUGCCUACACAAUUGAUGUUGGUAACUUCAGCAAUCGGCUGAAAGUGUUCUAUACUCACUGGCAGGAACAUAAGGCUGAUCUUUGGGGUGCUUCAGACUCUAUUGCAAUUGCAACACCCCCUCCUUCUGAUGAUAUUCGAUAUCUAAAAUCCUCAGCAUUGCAUAUCUGGUUGUUUGGAUAUGAAUUUCCAGAAACAAUUAUGGUUUUCAUGAACAAGAAUAUCCAUUUCUUAUGCAGUCCGAAGAAGGCUGCUGUCCUGGAAUCUGUAAAAAGAUCUGCUAAAGAUGCCGUUGAUGCUGAUGUUAUAAUUCAUGUCAAGCAAAAAGGUGAUGAUGUAUCUGCUUUGAUCGAUGGCUUAUUAAAUGCUAUUCAUUCUGAAUCAGAAAAACCUAUUAUUGGUAGAAUUCAAAGAGAAGAACCUGAAGGGAAGCUCUUGGAAAGCUGGGCGGAGAAAUUGGCUAGUUCUAAUGUACAGCUUUCUGACAUCACGGCUGGGUUUUCUGAAUUGUUUGCUAUCAAGGAUGCGUCUGAGCUUAACUGUGUGAGAAAGGCAGCAUAUCUAACUUCAAUGGUGAUGAAAAAUUUUGUGGUUCCAAAGCUUGAGCAAACUAUAGACGAGGAGAAGAAAGUAUCGCAUUCAGUUCUUAUGGAAGAGACGGAGAAGGCAAUUCACGACCCUGUUAAAUUAAAGGUCAAGCUGAAGUCUGAAAAUGUUGAUAUAUGCUACCCGCCAAUUCUUCAGAGUGGGGGAAAGUUUGAUCUGAGGCCAAGCGCAGCAUGCAAUGAUGAUAAUCUCUACUACGAAUCGGCAAGUGUGAUUUUAUGUGCAUUAGGGGCACGCUAUGGCAGCUAUAGCUCAAAUAUUGCAAGGACUUUUCUUAUUGAUGCCAAUGCUAAACAGAGCAAAGCAUAUGAGGUUCUCCUCAAGGCCCAUAAUGCUGCGAUCAAUGCAUUGAAGCCUGGGAACAUGCUCAGUUCUGCUUACAAAGCUGCUGUCACAGUUGUUGAGAAUGAGGCCCCUGAGCUUCUUCCAAAUCUUUCCAGGACGGCAGGGACCGGGAUUGGUCUUGAAUUCCGUGAAUCCGGAUUGACCUUGAAUGCAAGAAAUGAUCACAUGGUGAGCCCUGGAAUGGUUUUUAAUGUUUGUCUUGGAUUUCAGAACCUGCAAUCCCAGACAAACAACCCAAAGACCGAAACAUUCUCUCUGCUUUUGGCUGAUACAAUUAUUGUUGUGAGUGAGAAACCUCCUGAAGUCUUGACUUCAAUUUGUUCCAAGGCUGUGAAAGAUAUUGCUUAUUCUUUCAAUGAAGAUGAUGAAGAACAACCCAAAAUGGAAUCCGAGACCUCUAUCGCUGAGUCUGUCUUAUCCAAGGCGUCCUUGAGGUCAGAUAAGCAUGAUAUAUCAAAGGAAGAGCUACGGAGGCAGCACCAAGCAGAACUUGCGAGGCAGAAGAAUGAGGAAACAGCGAGGAGGCUGGCCGGCGGUGGGUCUGUUACUGGGAAUGCUCGGGGACCUGUGAAAACAUCAAGUGAGAUGAUGACCUACAAAAAUGUCAGUGAUUUGCCAUAUACCAAGGAAUUUAUGAUCCAGGUGGAUCAGAAGAAUGAGGCUGUUCUUAUCCCAAUAUUUGACUCUAUUGUGCCUUUUCAUGUGUCAACUAUCAAGAGUGUUACUAGCAACCAAGAUAACCGCACAUCCACUGUUCGCAUAAUAUUUAAUGUUCCCGGGACCCCAUUUGCACCUCAUGAUGCUAACACCGUCAAGCACCAAGGUGCUAUAUUUUUGAAAGAGGCAAAUUUCCGUUCGAAGGACAUGAGACAUAGCAGUGAAGUUGUGCAGUUAAUCAAGACCCUGAGGAGACAAGUAGUAUCAAGGGAGUCCGAGAGAGCUGAGAGGGCUACCCUAGUUACUCAGGAGAAACUUCAACUUGCUGGUAACAGGAUGAAACCAAUAAGAUUGCUGGAUCUAUCGAUACGGCCUGCAUUCCCCGGCCGUGGUAGAAAGCUCGCCGGAGCUUUGGAAGCUCAUAGUAAUGGUUUCCGUUAUUCUACUUCUAAAAUUGAUGAACGAGUGGAUAUCAUGUAUGGAAACAUAAAGCACGCCUUCUUUCAGCCUGCAGAGAGAGAGAUGAUAACGCUCCUGCAUUUCCGCUUGCAUAAUCAUAUCAUGGUGGGCAACAAGAAGACCUUAGAUAUUCAGUUUUAUGUGGAGGUGAUGGAUGUGGUUCAGACACUUGGGGGUGGGAGAAGAUCUGCCCUUGAUCCUGAUGAGAUUGAGGAAGAGCAGCGGGAGAGGGAUCGAAAAAACAAAAUAAACCUGGAGUUCCAUAACUUUGUUAAUAAGGUGCAUGAUCAGUGGGGGCAACAACAAUUCAGAGAUCUGGAUCUCGAGUUUGAUCAGCCACUCAGAGAGCUUGGAUUCCAUGGCGUUCCUCAUAAAGCUUCAUCCUUCAUUGUUCCAUCCUCAAGCUGUUUGGUUGAACUGAUUGAGACGCCACCUCUAGUGAUUACUCUGAGUGAAAUUGAAAUUGUUAAUUUGGAGAGGGUGGGCCUUGGGCAGAAGAGCUUUGACAUGGCCAUUGUGUUCAAGGAUUUUAGUAAGGAUGUAUUCCGCAUAGAUUCAAUUCCUUCAUCUUCUCUUGACGGAGUGAAGGAAUGGCUAGAUACUACUGAUAUCAAGUACUACGAGAGCAGGUUAAACUUGAACUGGCGACCUAUUCUGAAAACCAUUACAGAUGAUCCUGAAAAGUUCAUUGAAGAUGGUGGGUGGGAGUUUCUCAAUUUGGAAGCCAGUGAUUCAGACUCAGACGCAUCGCAGGAAUCAGAUCAAGGGUACGCACCCUCCGAUGUGGAUGUGGAAUCUGAAUCUGAAGAUGAAGCUAGCGAUAGCGAAUCCCUCGUGGAGUCGGAGGAUGAUGGUGAGGAUGAUUCAGGGGAGGAUUCUGAAGAGGACAAGGGGAAGACAUGGGAGGAACUGGAGAAGGAGGCAACCAGAGCUGACAGGGAGCGAGGUGGCGAGUCUGACAGCGAAGAGGAGAGAAAAUGGAGGAAGGCAAAAGCUCUAGGAAAAUCACGCAUUCCCGAUAGAAGAGAUUCAAAAGGUGCUCCUCCUAAGAGGGCAAAGCUUAGGUAAUAUGUUUAGAGUUCUUUGGAUGUCUUUAGCUGUUCAGGUGAUGCUAUAUUAUAUAGUUAUCCUCUACUUUUUAUUCCUUUAAGAUAGUUUGUGGUUUUGCAGCUUUAGCCAGCUUUAUUAUUUACGGGCACAUUAUGUAAUUUGCGUCAAUCUUCUCCCCAACUUUGUUGUAUGAUCUUCAUCAGAACUUCUGAAAUCUGAACUGAUUUUGUUAUAAUUACCCUUAUUGUAUGAUCUUCAUUCAUGUUUGCAGUCA